GUGCGCAUGCGUAAAGGGUCCGACUGACUGUAACAACACUUCGAAAGUUAUCUGAGCGAUACAGCUGGAAAUGAUUAAUCAAAUCUAACUAACAAACAUGGAGGAGCUCACAACUCCUGUUCGACAGCAACACGCAUUCAGUGUUAGCAGACUACACAAAUAUCUGUCUGUCAAGUCAAGGGUGUCAACUGAGGACACACUGACUGUCAAACAGUACAGCGCUGGUCAGUCCAACCCAACCUUCCUGAUUCAGACCCCCUCAGACAGCUUUGUGCUCAGGAAGAAACCUCCAGGUGAGCUGCUGCCUGGAGCCCACAAGGUGGACAGGGAGUACCGGGUGCAGAAGGCUCUGUUCUCCGCCGGGUUCCCCGUUCCUCAGCCUCUCCUGCACUGCGAUGACGCUGAAAUCAUCGGAACAGAGUUCUACUUAAUGGAGCAUGUGAAAGGCCGUAUAUUCAGGGAUCUCCGUCUCCCUGGAGUGAGUGCAGCAGAGAGGACAGCUCUAUAUGUGGCUGCAGUGGAAGCGUUGGCAAAGCUCCACUCAUUGGACCUGGCAUCCCUGAAGCUGGAGGGGUUUGGAAAAGGAGCCGGAUACUGCAAGAGACAAGUGUCAACAUGGACGAAGCAGUACACAGCCGCCGCCCACAGGGACAUCCCAGCCAUGAACGAGCUCUCUGAUUGGUUGAUGAAGAAUCUGCCGGCCAAUGACAACGAGGUCACGCUUGUCCACGGAGAUUUCCGAUUGGACAAUCUGAUAUUCCAUCCAACAGAGGCCCGUGUGAUGGCCGUGUUGGACUGGGAGCUGUCCACCACCGGGCAGCCUCUGGCAGACCUGGCCUACUUCCUGAUGCCUCACUACUGGCCCUCCAGCAUGAACAUCAUCAGCACGCUGGGCAGCUUGAAAGGAAUAGAAGGUAUCCCAAAUGUGGCCGACCUGAUCUCCAUUUACUGUCGCUGCCGAGGGAUCCCUUCUGCUUUGCCAGAGUUGAAUUUCUACCUGGCCUUGUCGGUGUUUAAAAUGGCAGGAAUCGCCCAGGGGAUCUAUGCACGCCACCUGCUGGGCAAUGCGAGCGCUCCCAAUGCAGAGGAGUUCGGCCAGUGUGUGGAGCCGUUGGCUAAGAUUGCCCUGCAGCUUGCUCAGAGGUCGGUGUCAGGUCCAACAGGAGAAGGUCUGUUCCUGCAGACGGCUAAAGGGCGCGCUGUUCUGCAGCAGGUCAAAGACUUCAUGAGACAAUACGUGCUUCCUGCUCAGGAGGAAGUUGCAGAGUACUACACCAAACACGCUCAGUCUCCACAGAGAUGGCACACCCCCCAAAUAAUAGAGGACCUAAAGGGGAGAGCCAGGCAGGCCGGGCUGUAUAACCUGUUCCUGUCUGCAGUCAGCGGUCUCAGUCAGCUGGACUACGCCUUCAUCGCAGAGGAGACCGGACGCUGCCUCUUCGCUCCUGAAGUCUUCAACUGCCAGGCUCCCGACACAGGCAAUAUGGAGGUGCUCCACAUGUUUGGCAGUGAGGAGCAGAAGAAGAAAUGGCUGGAGCCUCUGCUCAGAGGGGAGAUUCGCUCAUGCUUCUGUAUGACAGAGCCGGAUGUGGCCUCCAGUGAUGCAACAAACAUGCAGUGCACGCUUCGCAGGGAUGGAGACGACUUCGUCAUCGACGGCAAGAAAUGGUGGAGCAGCGGUGCUGGUAAUCCUCAGUGCAAAGUGGCCAUCGUGAUGUGCAGGAGCACCUCUCAGGAUGUGAGCAGCAGGCAUGGGCAGCACAGCAUGAUCCUGGUCCCCAUGGACACACCGGGGGUAAAGCUCGUCAGACCGCUCACUGUGUUUGGACAGGAUGAUGCCAUCCACGGUGGCCACUUCGAAGUGCACUUUGAAAACGUGCGAGUCCCCGCCUCGAACAUCAUUCUGGGCGAGGGCCGGGGCUUUGAGAUCGCUCAGGGUCGCCUGGGUCCAGGUCGGCUGCACCACUGCAUGAGAGCUGUCGGAGCGGCAGAGUUCGCUCUGGAGCUGCUCUGCCGACGAGCUGCCUCCAGGGAAACAUUCGGAAAGAAACUGUACCAACAUGAAGUGGUGUCUCACUGGAUCGCAGAGUGCCGUCUGAUGAUCGAUCAGACCCGCCUGCUGACGCUGCACGCUGCUCAGGCUCUGGACUCGCUGGGCGGCCGGGCGGCUCGCAGACAGAUUGCUAUGAUCAAGGUGUCUGCAGCCAGGAUGGCCUGCCACGUGCUGGACUGUGCCAUCCAGGUGCAUGGAGGCGCAGGUGUUUCCGGAGACUUCCCUCUCGCACAGAUGUAUGCAUACGUGCGGACGCUGCGCAUUGCUGACGGACCGGAUGAGGUGCACCUGUCCUCCAUCGCUCAUCUGGAGCUGAGGGAUCAACUGAAGAAGGCCAAGCUGUGAAGUAUUAACAUCGUGUGGCUGCAACAAGAGUGAUUCAUUAGCCUACAAAAAUAAACUAAUUACUCACGAUUAGUGGUGUAUAUCUUGUGGUGUAUAUCUUGUGGUGUGUUAGAGGAAAUACAAGGUGUCUUCUAUUAUUCUGAUGGGCAUGAUACUGUGUGACCUCGCAGCUGCCUCUUCGUAGAUAGAAGGCAUGUUGUUGAUACCGAGCACACACACGUUGUCUCCUGUCCUCUUUGAGGGGCAAAGAGCAACACUGCCUUUCCAGAGAUGUCCCGACGCCUUCCCGACACUGUUUGUCUGACUUUAGACUAUAUAAGCUUGAUGUUACUUCCGGCUCCUUUGAGCAGCAUACCUGAUGUGUGUGAGUUGAACCAUAUCCUUUGCAUGUGACUUAACUCUGCUCCUUCUUGCAAGAAUAAAUGAGUACCUGACUGAUUCUCAA